AUGGUGCUGGGUAUUUUGACUGCCAUCGCUGCUUGCCCCGCAAUCAUAGGCACAACUGAAGCACUUUAUCUCAAUGUACCGUCAGAUGAGUUUCCAGACGGCCAUCCCGAGGAUCACCCAUUUGCAGGCUACUUUCUGCCGUUCCCAGACCAAGACUGGGGACGACAGGGGGAAGGCAUGGUAUCGACCAUCUCAGAUGACCCGCCACAACUGAAUUGGAUCUAUGUGGAUCGCGACACCUGCGAAGUCAAACAUGGCGACCGAGUUGCUUCGGAACCUCAUAUCGUUGGCCCAUGGGAUGUAACAAAGAUGGAUCGCCGGGUCACAUUCAUGGGUUGGGAGGGGUUUAUGGCUGUUCAGUAUGGACCUGGAGAGUGGGCGCUCUAUUUCGAUGUCGACGACAAUGAGCUGCGAGGCGUUAUUGGGGAUGACUUGGCAAGGGUGGAGGUUGAGCUAGUACGGAAAGAAAGAAGGCAAAGACGGAUGUCGUGUGAUCCGGGAGCCGGACCUGGGGCUGCGGUCGAUAAGCCAAAAACGACGACUAGCAUGGUGGUGUUUAUAACACGGGAUCGACUGCUCCGUGCGUUCAUCACCCCAAAAUCUUUGAGAGCAACCAUGUCCCGCGUUCUACAUCUCGGUAAGGCGGAAGGCAAGCCUGGAGAAGUAUACUAUCCCCUUCAGUUGAGGGAGACGCAGAUACCUGUGCCUCGAGAUGAUGAGGUCUUGGUUCGUCUGAAAGCGGCAGCACUGAAUCAUCGCGAUCUGUUUGUCAGGCAUCAUCAGUACCCAGCCAUAUCGCUCGAGAACCCCAUGUUAUCAGAUGGCUAUGGCACAGUCACUCAGCUCGGCAAAGCAGUGCCUGAUGAGUCUCUCCUCAUGCAAAAUGUGCUUUUGACACCCAUGCGAGGCUGGGUGUCUGAUCCAGCUGGCCCUGAAGAUACUAGCAAAUGGUCCAUCACUGGAUCGAGCCGUCUGAACAAUGUGGGGACUGCGCAAGACUAUGUCUGCGUCCACUGGGAAGAAGUCGUCCCUGCACCGAAGCAUUUAUCUGCAGUUGAAGGAGCAGCUUUGCCCUUGGUCGGACUCACAGCCUGGCGGGCGUUGACCACCAAGGCUCGUGUGCAGUCGGGGCAGAAUAUUCUCAUAACAGGUAUCGGAGGCGGCGUGGCUCUCUCAGCGUUGCAGUUUGGUGCAGCCAUGGGCGCCAACAUCUAUGUUACCUCCGGCAGCCAGGAAAAACUGGAUCGAGCUCGGGAUCUAGGCGCACAAGGCGGUGCCAUCUACAAAGCGGAGAAAUGGGAAAGCGAUAUCCGCCAACAAUUACCAUCCUCACGGCCCUUUAUUGAUGCCAUAAUCGAUGGCGCUGGCGGUGAUGUCGUGAGUAAGGCUGUGAAGCUUCUCAAGCCUGGAGGUGUAAUCGUCCAGUACGGCAUGACUGUCUCUCCCAAGAUGAAUUGGACCAUGGCGGCUGUUCUGCUGAACGCUGAGUUGAAGGGAACAACUAUGGGGUCGCGACAGGAGUUUGGAGACAUGGUGAAGUUUGUGGAGGAUAAGGGGAUAUGCCCAGUCCUCAGUAGAACCGUCUCGGGACUAGGCAGUCUUAGGGAGAUCGACAAUCUCUUCGAAGACAUGGAAGCUGGACGACAGAUGGGCAAACUGGUUAUUGAUAUAGAGGAUCGAAGUAGCUCUAAAAUUUAG